UUGCCUUCUUCCUCGUCCUUCAGCCGGGAGCCCGUCUUUGCUUGCCUUUGCCUUUGAGGCUCUGUAGCUGUGGGGCUGAGUGGCAUCAUGGCGGCUCAGAAAGAUCUCUGGGACGCCAUUGUGAUUGGGGCAGGGAUCCAGGGCUGCUUCACUGCAUACCACCUGGCCAAACACAGGAAGAGGAUCCUCCUGCUGGAGCAGUUCUUUCUACCACACUCCCGAGGAAGCUCCCAUGGACAAAGCCGGAUAAUCCGAAAGGCAUACCUGGAAGACUUUUACACCCGGAUGAUGCAUGAGUGCUAUCAGAUAUGGGCCCAGCUGGAGCAUGAGGCUGGAACCCAACUGUACAGGCAGACUGGAUUACUGCUGCUGGGAAUGAAAGAGAAUCAAGAAUUAAAGACAAUCCAGGCCAGUCUGUCGAGGCAGAGGGUAGAACACCAGUGUCUUUCAUCGGAGGAACUGAAGCAACGUUUCCCAAAUAUUCGGUUGCCCAGGGGAGAAGUGGGGCUGUUGGACAAUUCCGGAGGAGUUCUCUAUGCAUACAAGGCCCUCAGAGCCCUGCAGGAUGCAGUUCGACAGCUAGGAGGCAUAGUGCGUGAUGGAGAGAAGGUGGUGGAGAUAAACCCAGGGCUACUGGUCACGGUGAAAACCACCUCCAGGAGCUACCAAGCUAAGAGCUUGGUCAUCACAGCAGGUCCUUGGACCAACCAGCUCCUCCGUCCCCUGGGCAUUGAGCUGCCUCUCCAGACCCUGCGGAUCAACGUGUGUUACUGGCGAGAGAUGGUUCCUGGGAGCUAUGGUGUGUCCCAGGCCUUUCCAUGCUUCCUGUGGCUGGGCUUGUGUCCCCACCACAUCUACGGACUGCCCACAGGAGAGUACCCAGGGCUGAUGAAGGUCAGCUAUCACCACGGCAACCACGCAGACCCUGAGGAGCCGGACUGCCCCACAGCAUACACAGACAUCGGAGACGUCCAGAUCCUGAGCAGCUUUGUCAGAGAUCACUUACCUGAUCUGAAGCCCGAGCCUGCCGUCAUUGAGAGCUGCAUGUACACGAAUACCCCUGAUGAGCAGUUCAUUCUCGAUCGCCACCCAAAGUAUGACAACAUUGUCAUUGGUGCUGGAUUCUCUGGGCACGGGUUCAAGCUGGCGCCUGUGGUGGGGAAGAUCUUGUAUGAAUUAAGCAUGAAAUUAACACCAUCUUAUGACUUGGCACCUUUUCGAAUCAGCCGUUUCCCAAGCCUGGGCAAAGCCCACCUUUGACCUCUGGCCAGAAGCCUCCCUUCUGUGCACAGGAGCCAAUUUCACAGAUGGAGAAGAUGUCUCAGAUGAAGGGAGUGUCCCUAAGAUGUCAUCCUUUUCUUCUGCCUCGCCUGAAUCCCCCGUAAACACCAGACGAUUGAGUCUACCUUCUUUUCUUGGCCACCUCUCCAUUCACAACUACUUUCUUACUCCCAGAAGGUUGAUCAGAUAUUCUACAAUCAUAGAGUAGCAAGGACCUUUGAGAUGGAUAUAUCAGUAAGAAGAGGGCACAAGAACUGGCUCUGGAGACCAAAGCAGUUGUUAAAAAUUCUCUUUGCUGGGGGCCGGGUGUGGUGGCUUACACCUGUAAUCCCAGCACUUUGGGGGGCCAAGACAGGCGGAUCACCUGAGGCCAGGAGUUCAAGACCAGCCUGGCCAACAUGGUGAAACCCUGUCUCUACUAAAAAUACAAAAUUACCCGGGUGUGGUGGCGCAUGCCUGUAACCCCAGCUACUUGGGAGACUGAGGCAAGAGAAUCACUUGAACCCAGGAGGCGGAGGUUGCAGUGAGCCGAGAUUGCGCCAUUGCACUCCAGCCUGGGCAACAAGAGUGAGACUCUGUCUCAAAAAAAAAAAAAAAAAAAAACCAAACAAAAAACCUCUUUGCUGGUAUAUUUGAAGAGCUUGGGAUGGAUUUGACUAAAUCUGCCCCGAGGAGGGUGAACAAGAUGAUCUCAGAGAUCACUACUGCUCUUGGAGUUCCUUUUCCUAAAGCUAAGGCCAGCCUCCAUCACAAAUGCCCAUAAAAUCUGGCUUGUCUUUGACGAACAAUAAAUAUUUGUUGAAUAAAUAACUGCCCUGCAUGAAGUCUGUAGCGGGCUUUCUUUUCUG